AUGAAGGACACACCUGCGCUUAGAGCAGGCAACGUGUCGCCCUACACGUUCAACAUCCCGCCCACGUGGACUCAGUCGCGCAUCGCCAACAUUCUCUCGGGCAACUACUGCCAGCCCAAGUGCGCGGAGCCGUGGAUUGAAGUCAAGUUUGAGGACCCUAAGGAGGGCUUGCUGCAGGUGGUGGCAUCACCCAUGGUGCGCCUGACCAACAAGCUAGAGCUGCCCAUCGAGGAGAUCGGCACACCAGAGCGCAUCAUCGCGGCCCUCGGCCCGUUUGUGACGGGCGAUUCAUAUGACCCGGAUGAGGUGGUGGACACGCGAAUUCGCAAGGAGGGCGGCCAGACGUACUAUGAGUACUACAUGGAGACGCCCUACGCACGCUCAGGUGCCUACAACCUGGCCUCUGCCACGGCCAAGGGCAGCACCGUGCUGCUGCUGGUGAUCAGUGCAAAUGACAAGCAGUGGGCUUCGGGUGAAGCCAAGCUCAGAAAAAUGCUCAAGUCCUUCAGUGUGUGA